AUGCAUGAGGGGUUUUUAAAAUUAACCGAUCACGAUGUGAUAAACGCCACCAUUUCCUGCUCUACGAAGACUUUCUUCAUGAAACAUGAAAAAGGACUCUCUACAUAUGACGUUGAUUUAUUACGCAACAUAAGUCGACCUAAUUUCGAACGACAGUCAACUUCCUUUGAAGCUCAGAUUACUGUUAGAUUUGUGGUACAAAAUAUGGACGAAACAUAA